ACCGCGGAGAUGAGGAUCAGCUGUUAGAGGAAGUGAUGCAGGAAAAUGCCCAUAAUGUAGCUACAGUCAAUGACUAGAAGGGGGAAGCACAAAGAAACUGGCUGCUGGAGUCCGAGCUGCUCUUCUAACUCCCUCCCAAGGAUAAACAAUAUUCUACAUGGCUUUAAAAGCACAUUCCGGUCAAAAGCUUCUGACUCGUUUCUCUCCCCAACGCGGAGAAGGCUGUGAUAUCGAUGUGGAAGUUUAUUUUGGUUAGCUCGCAGCUAGUCGGCUAGCUAUCCGAGUUAACGCGACGAGUUUGGGUCAGUUCGCUCCUGCGCGUAAACGCUGCCUUCGGCCAACUUACUAACUACUUCAGUUUUCGCCCUGGCAUCCCCCGGAGAGAUGAACACCCGGCUCCACACGACACGAUCCCCCCCACGGCACUGCAGAUGUCAGGAGCACAGUGAUGGAGCAGAGUAGGAGGACACUUUGAUCUGUGGCCGGUGCCAUCUGACGCACGUUCUGGUUUCAAUCAAGCAGAGCAAGACUUCCUGGCAGAUUUGGCACAGGCCUGAGGGUAUGUUGAGACGUCACACCAGACCAGAGCAGAGGCGUCUAGGUGGUUCGGACGGGGCCUGAAGGCGAGGAGGACAGACUGAGGAGGGACCCGGGAGGAAGACAUGGGCCAGUGCGUCACCAAGUGUAAGAAUCCAACGUCCUCACUCGGCAGUAAGAGUGGAGACAAGGAGAGCGGCUCCAAGUCCCACCACAAGAAAGGUAGCGGCGGUGGUGGGAGCCAUAAAGAGGAGCUCAGUGGCCCAUGUAGCAAAGCCACCAGCGAGCUGUCGAAUGGCACCAAGGCCUUGGAAGUUACAGUGGAGACACCAGUCAUACCCGCACUGAUGGGCGAGCCGCGCAGGGACGAGUUCCUGGACGCCGACGGGUUGUCGUUGCUGCGCAUCGACGAGCUCUUCUGCUGCUACAAGGAUGAAUUGGACGAUGCCAUCUUGGAGGAAGGCAUGGAGAGGUUUUGCAAUGAUCUGUGCGUGGACCCGGCAGAAUAUCGUGUGCUUCUUCUCGCCUGGAAGUUUCAAGCGGCCACUAUGUGCAAGUUUACAAGGAAGGAGUUUGUCGACGGCUGCAAGGCCAUACAGGCGGACAGCCUCAAAGGAAUCUACUCACGUUUCCCCUGCAUGUUGCUGGAUGCCAGAGGCGAGGAGAACUUCAAGGACCUUUACCGCUUUACCUUCCAGUUUGGCUUGGACGCGGAGGAGGGCCAACGCUCUCUGCAGCGCGAAAUCGCCAUUGCGUUGUGGCGCCUGGUAUUCACGCAGGACACACCCUCCAUCCUGGAGCGCUGGCUGGACUUCCUAGGGGAGAACACCCCAGGUAUUCGGGGCAUCUCCAGGGACACGUGGAACAUGUUCCUCAACUUCACCCAGGCGAUCGGGCCUGACCUGAGCAACUACAGCGAGGACGAGGCGUGGCCUAGUCUCUUUGACACCUUUGUGGAGUGGGAGUUGGAGCGCAGGAAAAAAGAGGAGGAACAGGCACUGAUGGCGAAGGAGGACGAGGGGACGUGUACUGACACAGAGUCCUCUCCCUCAACAGAUAGACACGAAACAGAGGGAAACCGCGGCUCACAGACAUGGGGGGGCCACUGACCAGGAAACAAUAAAUAUUUGUAAGCGAGGGAAGGAAAUGACUUAUAAGUGAACUGUACAUCUGUGAAUCAUCGGAUAAAUAUUAGUAUUACCAUUACAGCUGUU